UGUCUAAUAAACAAGGAAAGGACAAAUGGAGCUACAUAAAUGGUUAGACUUGCUUUAAGAAUAUAAUUCUCUAACAACUAUUUCCUAAUCCUUGCUACUUAAGCUAAUCAUGAUAUGAUAUUUAACAACUAACACAUCCAAGUUAAUGAAAUAGGGUCUUUUUUACAUAUAUAGUGUAGUCCCCUCCAUUUUAGGGACUAUUCUUUCAACUAACAUUGUUCUUAAAGGAUGGAAGUUUCAAAUAUUAAUAAGCUGGUGAAGACAGCACCAUCCAAAGCUAUGGUUGUCAGAUUCAAUUUGUUCUGUCUUGCCAUCUUUCUUAUUGUUUAUGCAACUCUUCUUCUCCGUCCUUCUUCUUCGGUCUAUUUCGAUAAUGCAGCCUCGCUUGUUAGAUGCUCUUUGAGAGAAUGUCAUCAUCAGGUAAGGGAGAACAAAGCAUGAAAAUGAAAGCGGUGUUAGAGGAAUUACCAAAACCAAAAAAAUUAUGGAAUCCAAAGAAGAACGGAACAAAGAUAGAAGUACCAAGUUUUUUACGCGAAAAAAUCGGUAAAGGAAUGAAAAUUGGAAUGGUAAACAUGAACGAAGAUGACAAUGAUGUAAGCGAAUGGAACCUACAUGGUGAAACAAUACCAAUUAAUUUCGACAAAGUAUCACAAUUUUUCAAUUGGACGGAUUUAUUUCCCGAAUGGAUAGACGAAGAAGAAGAAAGCGAUGUUCCAACAUGUCCCGAAAUACCAAUGCCCGAAUUCACAACAUAUGAAAAAAUGGAUUUAAUAGUUGCAAAGUUACCAUGCAAGUAUCCAUUAGAAGGGUGGGGGAGAGAAGUUUUAAGGUUACAAGUUCAUCUUAUUGUAGCAAAUAUGGUUGUGAAAAAGGGAAAGAAAGAUUGGAAAUGGAAGAGUAGAGUUGUUUUUUGGAGUAAGUGUAGACCAAUGAUGGAAAUUUUUAGAUGUGAUGAUUUGGUUAAACAUGAAGGUGAUUGGUGGUUUUUUGAGGUUGAUGUAAAGAGAUUGGAACAAAAAAUUUCUUUGCCUGUUGGGUCAUGUAACUUGGCUUUGCCUCUAUGGGAACAAGGGACAGACAAAGUAUACGACAUAACCAAAAUGGAACAAAACGUAAGAAGCAAAACAAGAGCAAAACGUGAAGCAUAUGCAACAGUACUACACUCUUCAGAAAGCUACGUUUGUGGAGCAAUAACUUUAGCACAAAGCCUUCUAAAAACCGGAACCAAACGCGACCUUAUACUUCUCAUCGACAAUUCCAUCUCCGUCCGCAAACGACGCGCAUUGGCUUCCGCCGGUUGGAAGACUAGAACUAUCACCCGAAUUCGAAACCCGAGAGCGGAGAAUGGAACUUACAAUGAGUAUAAUUAUAGUAAGUUUAGGUUAUGGCAACUUACUGAUUAUGAGAAGAUUAUCUUUAUAGAUUCCGACAUUGUUGUACUUCGAAAUCUUGAUAUUCUCUUCAAUUUUCCUCAAAUGUCUGCCACUGGGAAUGAUCAAUCCAUUUUCAACUCUGGCAUCAUGGUUAUUGAGCCCUCCAAUUGCACCUUCAGUGUACUCAUGAGCCGGCGCUACGACAUCGUUUCAUACAAUGGAGGUGAUCAAGGAUUUCUAAAUGAGAUAUUUGUAUGGUGGCAUAGACUUCCAAGAAGAGUAAACUAUUUAAAGAAUUUUUGGGCAAACACAACAAUUGAAGCAAGUGUGAAAAAUGGACUAUUUGGUGCUGACCCUCCAAAACUAUAUGCAAUUCAUUAUCUUGGUUUGAAACCUUGGCAUUGUUAUAGAGACUAUGAUUGCAACUGGGAUGUUGUGGAUCAAAGGGUUUAUGCUAGUGAUGUAGCACACCAACGUUGGUGGAAUUUUCAUGAUGGAAUGGACAAAAAGUUACAAGGUUUUUGUAGGUUGACAAGACAACGUAGGACUGAGUUGAAUUGGGAAAGAAGAAGAUCUAGUAAGAUGGGAUCACUUGAUCAUCAUUGGAAGAUUAAUGUUACUGAUCCUAGAAAAUCAGGAUCUCUUUUGAUGGAUUAGAUUAUUAUGCAACAUUUUUUUUCUUUCCUUUUUGUUUUUUUUCCUUCUUUUGCUUAAUUUGUUUUCCUUAAUUUCCAUAUAUCUUAUGCCUUCAUAUGGUAUGUAGAAACAUUCAUGUGAAGAGCUUUUUCGUGUA